AAAAUUCUCCACACGGAAAGCACUCGAAUCCACUCCGCUUUUUCUCUCUCCUGCCUUUUUCGCCUGUCUUCAACUUCGUACAAGUUCAGUACAACUUUGUUCCUCUUUGGUGUUGAUGACAACAAGGUUGUUCUUGUCCCGUUUGAUAAGGAGCAGCAGAACUGUUCGAAUAUUCAUCGUCUGCAAUAUGUUGGUCGUGUCGGCGCUCGCUGUCUACCUCAUCCUCCUGACCACCGGAGUGGUUGACGCGAAUGAGAAGAAAGGACCCAAAGUUACCGAUAAGGUCUGGUUCGACAUACAAAUUGGGGAUGAAGCAGCUGGUCGCGUUGAAAUCGGCAUUUUUGGAAAGACAGUGCCAAAGACCGCAAAAAAUUUUAUUGAAUUAGCUCAAAAGACUGAGGUGGGUGAGGGAUACAAGGGCAGCAAAUUUCACCGAGUCAUCAAGGAUUUCAUGAUUCAAGGAGGAGAUUUCACGAAAGGAGAUGGAACCGGUGGUCGAAGCAUUUACGGAGAAAAGUUUGCUGAUGAGAAUUUCAAGCUCAAACACUACGGAUCUGGAUGGUUAAGUAUGGCAAACGCUGGAAAAGAUACUAAUGGAUCCCAAUUCUUCAUUACAACAAAGAAGACUCCGUGGUUGGAUGGAAGGCAUGUCGUUUUUGGAAAAAUCAUUAGUGGCAUGGAUGUAAUUCGCAAAAUUGAGGCUACGAAGACCGAUGGCCGAGAUAAGCCUGAACUGGAUGUGACGAUUGUUAAUUGCGGAUCCGAAGAAAUUGCUGAGCCCUAUUCUGUUCCGAAAGAGGAUGCCGAAGAGUAAAAUCAUACAACUGCCUCAAAAUUUUGUAAAUUCGUGCAAACCAAAAUUAAAUCUAGUGAUAAUAAUCAUAUAAUAUAGUUACUGGGAAUACUUGUGGUACUAGUUAUUAAGCAAUAUAAUACUACUGAUUUCAUUUAAUGUCAACUACACUUGCUUAAAAACUGUAUUGUUAUUAUUAUUGUCUUAUUACUCUGUUUUCGUUUCAACUACUGCACAUUAUGUCUAGUGCAUAAUUUGAAAUUUAAUAAAAUUGGGUAUCUUUAUAAA